GUAGUGGCCAACCUAAACAGAUCAAACUCCUCUCUCUCUCUCUCUCUCUCUCUCUUAAAACUCCGCAAAGAUUCCUUUCUCCUUCCCUCAACUUUCACAUUUUCUCAUCCAGUUUUCGAUUUCUUUCAACCCUUUUCGUCUUUUCCUUUCUCUUUUUUUUUUUACCAGAAACAAAACCAAAGAGAAAAUCAAAUAUUUGGAGUGGUGGGUGGUUGGAGAAGUUGUUUAACAUAGCAAGUACUAAUUAGUAACUGCUGCAACUUUCAUUGCUGAUAAUCACCAACUGGAGAAAAGGUGGGUCGAUGGAAAAAAUCUUAGGUAGGAUAUAUUAGAACGAGCAAAGAGAUGAAAGCCGAGUCGUCUGGGUUAAUCAUUGGGAUUUCGAUAGUGGUGAUUGGAGUGCUUUUGGCUAUAGGUGGAUUUUUCUGCUUUUUGUACCACAGGAAACGAUCACAGAUAGGUAAUAGCAGUUCUAGAAGGGCAGCAACGAUCCCAAUUCGUCAAAAUGGUAUUGAUUCUUGCACAGCAUUAUCAGAUUCAUCGGUUGGUACAGAGUCUCCAAAGACUAGUAUAAAUAAUGGCAUUUCCUUCUGGCUUGGAGGACUCAAGAAGGCUAAUAUCAUUUCUGCAUCUGGUAUUCUGGAGUACUCUUACAAGGAUCUCCAGAAAGCAACUGUCAAUUUUACAACGUUAAUUGGACAAGGGUUUGGUCCUGUUUAUAAAGCUCAGAUGUUAACUGGUGAGACUGUUGCUGUUAAGGUACUCGCAACUGAUUCUAAGCAAGGCGAGAAAGAAUUCCAUGCUGAGGUUAUGUUACUUGGAAGGUUACAUCACAGGAAUCUUGUAAAUUUGGUUGGCUAUUGUGCAGAAAAGGGCCAGCGUAUGCUUAUCUAUGUAUACAUGAGUAGAGGCUGUUGCUCUCAUUUGUACAGUGAAGAGCUUGAACCUUUGAGCUGGGAGUUGAGGGUUCAAAUUGCGCUGGAUGUUGCAAGGGGCUUGGAGUAUCUACAUGAUGGGGCAGUUCCUCCUGUGAUACACCGUGACAUUAAAUCUUCCAAUAUUCUGUUGGAUGAGUCCAUGAGGGCAAGGGUGGCUGAUUUUGGGCUUUCAAGGGAAGAAAUGGUCAGCAAGCACGUGUCAAAUAUUCGGGGAACUUUUGGAUAUCUUGACCCUGAAUAUAUAUCAACAAGGGCCUUUACUAAGAAAAGCGAUGUUUAUAGUUAUGGCGUGCUGCUAUUUGAACUUGUUGCAGGAAGAAAUCCGCUUCAAGGACUAAUGGAAUAUGUGGAACUAGCGGCUAUGAAUACUGAAGGAAAUGUUGGUUGGGAAGAAAUUGUUGAUUCUCGUCUUGAUGGGAAAUAUGAUUUGCAAGAGCUGAAUGACGUGGCAACUCUGGGAUUCAAAUGUGUAAAUCGCGCUCCUAAAAAACGGCCCUCCAUGAGGGACAUUGUACAGGUACUGUCACGGGUUAUCAAGUUGAGAAAUCAGAGGAAGCAUCACAAGAAAUCUUUGUCUGCUACAGCAGAUGAGGUUACAAUCAACAUUGAUCAAUCAACCCAUCGAAGUCCUAUGUCUGGACAUCGGCGCAUGGAAUCUGUGGAGAGCACCGCUGACUCCUGUGAAGUGUAGCCGACACCUUUUUAUGGUGGUUUUUUUUUCCCGUUUGUUUUGACCUGUAAAGUAUGUGUUUGAUAGAUAGGAAUGGACGAGUCCUCUCUUGACUUGUGAUUUCACUGUAACAUAACAGCCCCAUCUUUCGCUUCUUC